AUGGCGUUGAGUGCGAUUUCGGAGUGAGAAUAUCUUGCAUUCAAAAAACUGAGCAAAGAAAAACGAAAAAUGUUGAACGAACAAUAUACAGAAUGCAAAGUUCUGCCCAACAUCAAUGAAACAUUUCCCCAAUUCGGUCGAUCAAUUGCCACACUGCUCUCGCCACUUGACUUAUCGCUGCGCGCUGCCAAUCUAAUACCGAUUACGCCACCCUCAACACCCUCACCGCCGCGAAAGCGUCAAAGAUUAAUGUCAGACGAGAAUUACCUUUGGCGACCGCACGCCAUGGGAACAAAUCAACAAACGCCGUUAACACCGUUGCUAUCAUCAACUGGCAGACCCUCAUCCACACACACAGCCAAGGAAGUUAGUGCUGGUAGCAAUUACCUAGCUCAACUACCGUUAGCGUACGACUGUCGUCACGACGAAUAUCCGAUGCCACACACAACAUCGUCUAACAGAUAUAAAAACAAUUUACACGUUAUGAGGAGUAGCUUUGAAGAAAUUCCAGAAAGUCAAGCAACCACAAUACCAACCAUACCACAUGAAGCAAGAUUAGAGCAGCACGGACCACAGCAACAACCGAAUGAACUGCAGCGGUCGCCACAACAAAGCCCAUUGCCCAUUAUUUGCGUGGACGAUGAAACGAUUGUCUUAACCGAGGAUGAGGAAGAAACACUUGUCAGUUCACACGAUUACAACGAAGAAAUCGACGACGAAGACGACGAAGACGAUGACGAAGAUGAAGAAGCUGCGGUUAUGGAAAGCAUUGAUAAUGAGGAUAUGGAGCCGGCAGAUGACGAAGAGGUGUAUGUCGAUAUACUGAGCAACGACGACGACGACGACUUAAAUCCGCUCAAUAGCGCCAAUUUCACACAGCGUCUGCAGUGUCAAGAGCUGGAGGAGGAGAUUGCAAAGUCCGGCAAAGCUUUGACACGCAACAAACUCGUCUAUGACAAUGAGGAGUUACAUCAUCGUGCCAUCGACGGUUUGGCGAAGUUAUUCGAAAAAGAUUUUCAAGUACCUCAUGUGGAGAAGACGCAAGAUAGUAAUUUACUGACUAGAAAACCAACAAAUACCGUAUUGACAGCAAUAAAUGAGGCGAACUUCAGUGAACCCAAUACAGCGGUACAUGUGGAAAAGUCACCAGCGAAAGCUAAUAGUUUUGGACGACCACAUCAGCAACGUUCGCAUAAAUCGGAGCGAAAACGCAUGAAGCUGCGUAAGCAUCAUCAGACGCUCGAUGAGGAGACCAUCAGUCCCGUCUCCGGCACCAUUAUACGAAAGUUACGCGACGACGAAGAGUUGGUGGUGCGCAAAGGUGACAUUGAUCCGGCUUUCAAUGUGGUCGAAAUCACCGAAGAAGCUAAGGCGAUUUUGGCCAGCAUCGACAACAAAAUUGGCGAUUACUUAUGCCAGCUGUGCCGUACGCUGUACGAUGAUGCAUUCCAGCUAGCGCAACACCGUUGUCCACGCAUCGUACACAUCGAGUACAAGUGUUCUGAGUGCGAAAAGGUCUUCAAUUGUCCCGCUAAUUUGGCUUCACAUCGUCGUUGGCAUAAGCCGAAGUCGGAGUUAAUGGCGAGCAGCGGACAGGGUAAGAAGCGACACUUGAACGAACCAGCAGCAGCGGCGGCUGGUAUGCGGUAUGAGAAGAUGAAUCUCGCGGACGAAGGGGCGGAGGGGGUCUAUCCUUGUACACAGUGCGGCAAGCAUUUCCGACGCCAUGCUUAUCUGAAGAAACAUCAAGCUUCCCAUCAGAUAUUGGAGAAUCUCAAAUCGUUGGACAUCUUCAAAAACUCCAACUCAAUUGCAAACCCAGUGUUUCCACAUCCAAUGCAGCAAACGAAAAACCAUUUCCCCUUCACCAACGCGACGGCUGCAGUACCAGCACCACGCGCACCACACACACAGGCAUCACAGCAUUUUGGCGUCGCCCAUCCACACACGAUCAAACCUUAUCCGCAACGUUUCAAUCCAUUUCCCUUUCCCGCCUUCGAUCAACGACGUUUCUACUCACUGGGUGAAUUGUAUCUCUCGCAGCACUUGGAUCACUCUUCCGCUUUCCAGUAUGUGCAGGCGAAUCAUUUGCGUAAUCUAACUGCUGCAGCGGGUGCCUUCACGCCACGCCCACCACAUGUACCGCCGCCCACCGCCUUAAUUGCAAAAUGA